AUGUCAUCACACGGAUGGCAUGCACUUUACCCUUACCAAGUUGCCAACGCUCAAGGUGGCUUGGCUCUUUGUCCCGCCAACCCUCAGCAGGCUGUCAACUCCUGGAACGCGUAUGCUAUAAACCAGGUUGCCGCUCAGCAGGCUGUCAACCCUCAAGCUGGCUUGGCUCCUCAGGCCGCCACCUUUCACCCGGCCGCCACCUUCCACCAGGCCAAUGCCACUAACGUCACGUUAGCAGCCCAGAUAGCACAGAUGCUAAAUAGCACUUUCAAUCUCGCAGCCGUUCAGGUUCCGGCGGUGCCUCCGGUGCCUCAGCACUUUCCAGACUCUAAUAAGAUUGUCGUGUGUGUCGUGUGCGGUGGCCUUAUAAAGCCCACGGUCCCCUCAGCCCUGGCGGACCGGGGUUCGAGUCGGGUACGAAAAGACUGGAUGCACGCUGCUGUCCUUGUCAAGGCCUUGCCUGAAUUCGACGAGUGGUCCAAGAGAGCGUCAAGGUCCAGACAGUCACUUAAUGCUGGAGACAAGCUGCUACAGGAGCUGCAUGUCACCGAGUUCCAUGGGAGCGCCCGUCACUUCUUUGUCCGAGAGCUUCCAGGCAAGGUUGCUAUCAACACCGACGACCAGGAGAUUGCCAUUCCUGCUCACACGGCUUGCCUUGACGUCGUCCGUGUCUUUUGCAACUACCAGGGCAAGUUCAACUUCAACUUCCGGGCGUCUGACGGCGGUGCGCCGUCAAGCAUGGCGCAUUUCUAUGAAAUCUGGCGUAAUCGUGCUCUCGCUACCUGCCUACAUGGCGGCAUCAUGAGGCGGCCCAUCAAGGAGCCCAACGACGGGUACCUCGGUGCCCCUGCUCUACAAUUCAAGGAUUUAGUAGGAUACGCCGAAGUCUGGCAGAAAAGCUGGCAACUCCGGCGUUUUGAGGCUUGCCCCAUCUUCAACCCGGUCGUAAUCACCAAGGUUAUCUUGAGCAAGCUGUCAACCAUGGACGGCAAGAGCAGAAAGCCAGACCCGGUCGCUGCCGAGGCAUGGGCCAGAACGCAAGCUUUACCCGUCGAGAUAUGCGACCUGGUCCUCUUGGCUAUGGAGCCCUUCGAGAGCCGGGCCAACCCAAUGAGUCUGACGCCGACGCGGGCGCUUCCGAACAAAUGGUGGAAGGACAGUCUGAUGUCUGGCUGCCUGAUCCCCUGGCUCUGGGAUCUAGACUCUGAGGAGGUUGCUAAGCACGAGCGCCUGGCCUGUCGGGACGAGGAGGAUUGGGACUGGGAGCUGCUGUGCCGUCGACUGGCACAGCCCCAGCUCGUGCACCCCGGUGGCAAGCUUCACGGCUUCAUCCAUCUUUGGAACCGUCGCCGAAUUUGGAAACUGCUCGACUUGGCGCGUCUCGGCCAUGUGACUUUUGGUCACUGA